GUCAAGUUUGAAAAUUCCAAGGAGAGGAAGCUGCAAAGGCAAACACGUCGCUGCGAUCAGUCCUGCCGCUACGAAAAGAAUACCACCGCUUCGCUCCCAUCUCAAACCCUAGAACCAAUAAAAGACUCCCCUUUUUUGGAGAGAUCCGACUUUCCAAUUCGAGUUUGCUUCAUUUAUUCCGUCCAUCCUUAAAUAGCGAUCAAUAUCUCACCAAUCGGUUAUCUUCAAAAUCUGAUCUUUCGAGGGGAAAAUUAGCUAUCUAGACGCUGUUUUUCUUGGAUUUUUGAGCUGCCCGCAGAAAAAUUUGGUUUUCUGAUCUGAUUUUUCUUUCUAGAUCUAGUUUCUGAGCUAAAGAUUGGAUUUUUAUGAUCGUGGUUUGUCUAAUUGAAGUUUUAGACGUAUCGAUCUGGAUUUUUCUCCCUAAGUGAGCUUUUAGGGUUGAGUUUAACUUAUCGUUUUUCUGGGAGACUACGGUUGGGUUUUUGGAUGUGGGGAACAAUGAGAGGAAAGCUGUGGUUUUCGGUCUGGGUUCUGUUUCUCUGGGGCUCUUCUUUGGGGAGAUUUGUGGUAGAGAAGAAUAGCUUGAAGGUGACUUCACCUGAAUCACUGAAAGGGAUCUAUGAGUGUGCUAUUGGGAAUUUUGGUGUUCCCCAGUAUGGUGGGACGAUGGUCGGGAUCGUGGUCUAUCCGAAGGCGAAUAGAAAAGCUUGCAGCAAAUUUGAUGAUUUUGACAUCUCCUUCAAAUCUAAGCCAGGAAGUUUCCCCACUUUUCUUCUUGUGGACAGAGGAGAUUGCUACUUUACGGCAAAGGCAUGGAAUGCACAGAAUGCAGGAGCUGCUGCAAUCCUUGUUGCUGAUGAUAAGGUAGAACCUUUAAUAACAAUGGACAUGCCUGAAGAAGAAAGUGGCGGGGCAGAUUAUCUUCAAAACAUCACAAUUCCUUCAGCACUUAUUAGCAAGAGCUUUGGUGAUAAUCUAAAAAAAGCACUAGAUAAUGGUGACAUGAUUAAUGUCAAUUUAGAUUGGAGGGAAUCUCUACCUCAUCCUGAUGAGCGUGUGGAGUAUGAGUUUUGGACCAACAGCAAUGAUGAAUGUGGCCCAAAAUGUGACAGUCAAAUUGAAUUUGUAAAGAGCUUCAAGGGACCAGCACAAAUACUGGAGAAAAAGGGCUAUACCCAGUUCACACCACAUUACAUUACUUGGUACUGUCCUGAAGCUUUUAUCCUGAGCAAACAGUGUAAAUCGCAGUGCAUCAACCAUGGCAGAUAUUGUGCCCCUGAUCCAGAACAGGACUUCAGCAGAGGCUAUGAUGGGAAAGAUGUGGUGAUCCAAAACUUGCGCCAGGUCUGCGUAUUUAAGGUUGCUAAUGAAAGUGGGAAGCCUUGGCUGUGGUGGGAUUAUGUGACUGACUUCUCAAUCAGGUGCUCGAUGAAGGAAAAGAAGUACACAAAGGAAUGUGCUGAAGAAGUAAUCCAAUCACUGGGUGUUGAUCUCAAGAAGAUAAAUAAAUGUGUUGGAGAUCCUGAUGCUGAUGAAGAAAACCCUGUGCUUAAAGCUGAACAAGAUGCUCAGAUUGGGAAAGAUUCACGUGGUGAUGUUACCAUACUACCAACCCUUGUCAUUAACAAUAGACAAUACAGAGGUAAGCUGGACAAGGGUGCCGUGCUUAAAGCAAUCUGUGCAGGUUUCCAGGAGACCACUGAGCCAGCUGUUUGUUUGAGUGAAGAGAUAGAGACAAACGAGUGCUUGGAAAACAAUGGUGGAUGCUGGCAAGAUAAAGCUGGAAAUAUCACUGCUUGCAGGGAUACUUUUCGUGGAAGAGUAUGUGAGUGCCCUGUCGUGCAAGGUGUAAAGUUUGUUGGUGAUGGAUACACCCACUGUAGAGCUUCUGGAUCUGGACGGUGUGAAAUUAACAAUGGAGGCUGUUGGAAGAAAACCAAAGAUGGCAAGACAUUCUCUGCCUGUGUCGAUGAUGGAUGCAAAUGCCCACCCGGCUUCAAGGGUGAUGGGGUCAACACUUGUGAAGAUAUUGAUGAAUGCAAAGAAAGGAUUGCUUGUCAAUGUUCAGCAUGCAAAUGCAAGAACACGUGGGGAAGUUUCGAGUGCAGCUGUAGUGGUGAUCUGUUGUACAUUAAGGAGCAUGACACAUGCAUAAGUAAAAAGGCAGCUGCAGAGAUUGGCUGGAGCUUUUUGUGGGUUAUUUUCUUUGGUCUGGCAGUAGCAGGAGUGGGAGCCUAUAUGGUGUACAAGUACAGAAUCCGGAGCUACAUGGAUUCAGAGAUACGUGCCAUCAUGGCUCAGUACAUGCCAUUGGACAAUCAAGGGGAAGCCCCCAAUCAUAUCCCUCAUGGGGACAUCUGAGUUGCAACAGCCUCUUGUGGGAAGGAGAGCGGUUUUACAAAAACAAAAAAUGCUCGUCUGCCACCCAGUUGCCUGUUUAAUUGGGUUGUAUUUGUACUAGUGGGGCUAGGUUUCGCUCAGGUUGGUAUUGUUGCUACUCCCUUGAUUAUGGGGAAUCUAGGCAGCUUUAGUGUAAAUUUGAAGUUCGUUCAUGCCACCAUUUUAAUCUCUGAAGUGGUGGUGCAGGUCUGUAAUGCUCUCCUGCUGUUAUAACUUUUGCACCACAUAUCUACCUGAUGAAUAAUGUGAAUUUCUCCCUCAUUAAAUUGUCAGAUAAAGCAAAAUUGAAUCUUAU